GGAUUGUUGACGCCCGCGCGCCCGCCCGCCGCAGUUGUGGCUCCCGGGCGGUUGGGGAGGGGCAGCAGUGGGAGGGCGACGGCGCUGUGACAGGCAGCGCGGAGGGUGCCUCCUAGGCGACGAUGGCAGAGGGGCCCGAGGAAGCCCGGAGCCGUCCGCCGGGCCAGGACGACAGCGGCGGCGGGGACCACGAGCCAGUCCCUUCCGGGCCUGACUCUCCCGCCGCGGCCGCACCCCAGCCCCCGGCCCUCGCGACCAUCGGCCCGGCCGGCUCCGAGGCGGAGGCGCCUCGAGAGCUCCGGAAGCGCCGGGAGACGGCGGCAGAGGUGGCGGGGCCGCAGGAGCCCGGGGACUGCGAGGCGGCGGCCGGGCCCGGCCGCCUGAGCGCGCGCGAGUACUCGCGGCAGGUGCACGAGUGGCUGUGGCAGUCGUACUGCGGCUACCUGACUUGGACCAGCGGCCUGGCCGCCCUCCCCGCCUACUGCGGCCCGCUGCCCGCAGCCCCGCAGCCGGCCGCCCCGGCGUCCCCGACCCCGCCCCCGCCGCCGCCGCCCCCGCCGCAGCUCGCCUACUACAACCCCUUCUACUUCCUGAACGCCGCAGGGCCCGGGCCGGGGGCGCCCACGGGCGGCGCCACCGCGACCGCCGUCGCCGGCCUCACGCCUCGGGCCCCGCACGUGCAGCCGGCGGCCCGGGCGGCCCCCGUGACCAGGGCAGGCUCUGCGACCCCUGCACGGACGGCGAGCGACGCCGGGCGGCAGGCGGGUGAGAACGGAGGCAGAGAGUAUGUCAUUCCAUCCUUGGCGCACAGAUUUAUGGCAGAGAUGGUGGAUUUCUUUAUUCUCUUCUUUAUAAAAGCGACCAUUGUCUUGAGCAUCAUGCAUCUCAGUGGGAUAAAGGACAUCUCUAAGUUUGCCAUGCACUAUAUAAUAGAAGAAAUCGAUGAAGACACAUCGAUGGAAGACUUGCAGAAAAUGAUGAUUGUGGCACUUAUAUACAGGUUGUUAGUUUGUUUCUAUGAGAUAAUUUGCAUAUGGGGAGCAGGGGGAGCUACUCCAGGAAAGUUCCUGCUAGGGCUUCGAGUUGUGACCUGUGAUACAUCAGUACUCAUUGCUCCAAGUCGGGUUUUAGUGAUUCCUUCCUCAAAUGUUAGCAUCACAACGUCCACCAUACGAGCUUUGAUCAAGAAUUUUUCUAUUGCUUCUUUUUUCCCUGCUUUCAUCACACUACUGUUUUUUCAGCAUAAUCGAACAGCCUAUGACAUUGUAGCAGGAACCAUAGUGGUAAAAAGAAAUGGAGUCAGAUGAUGCCCCAGAGCCCAGAAUUCCACUCUUUGGAAUAAUAAUGACAAGUCUAAAUUAUGUAUUAAGGCCAUCAGUAUCUCUAGGUUACAUUAAUUGAUGAUUUUAAAAAUUAGAGCAGUCACUACAUUGUGAUGCAGGAGACUGUUCUGAAAGUGUUGACUCUACUUAUCCAGGAACUUUCCAGAAGGAAAACCUAUUAAAUUCAAGUGUUAAAUAUUUGUAGGAUAACAAAGCAAAUGGUUUUAAUCAAUAUAAACAAAUACAUACUUUAGCAUUUAAGAUAACCAAAAUUUGCUGGAAGGAUUUUCAGCUUUAAAUUCUCCAUUUUCUUUUGGCUUAUCCUGGAGUGAAAAUGUCCAGUUGUGUUUUAUAAACACCUACAUAACUCCCACAACUCUUCUUAGGGAAGUUGUUUUCUGUGGGCAUUGAGAAAGACCAUCAACUCAACAUCCCACUGGCUCCAUGGUAGGUAUUGGAGAAAAGGGCUAGUGAGGAAGGCCUACCAGUCCCUCACGUCAUACUUCCAUGUUGUUCUAGAAUUCACUGCAGUAGUGGUGGGAUUUUACAGCUUCUUACUGCUUAUGUAUUUGGAGGCAAGAACUUUUGUGAUGAUGAAAAUAUAUUGUCAUAUCAUUUAUAUUUUAAAAAAAGGUAAGUUAGUGAUUGCCUUCUGUGAGGGUAGAGCGGGGAUGGGGAUGUGAUUUUUCAAUGUAAAUUCAGCUUAGAAUUCAUGUGCCCUAACAUCCAACUAUAAAUAGGGGGGGAAACAUUCAAACAUUCCCAGUGUUUGCGCUCCAGUGUUCUAAAUGUACCUGUAGAUUCUAUUUCUGUACAAGCAAAUUCCUAACUAUAUUCUGUACAGUUCCAUGACUGUCAAAACAUCAAGGUAUUAAAAGAGUUCCAGUGUUUUGUAAUAACUUAAAUACUAGCAGCCUGUGAAAUAUUAGUUUUCCCAUGAUAAAUUGUUCUCUCUAAUGCAAGGCAGAAUAUCAUCUCCGGACAUUAUUCUAGCGUCUUUGAGCUCAUUUUGAGCCUGCUAGAGAUGAAAUUUGGGGGAAAACAUUAAAGCAAACUUUUGCGUAUAGUCAUUGUACUUUGCUCUGUUGGUGCAACAUUAUCGGGUUUAUGUCUGUGUGCUUUUAUUGUGUCCCAGUUAGCUCGCUGUACAUUUUAAACUUUAUUCUUACUCGUUCUUCUAUGUGAUUUUCUCAAGAAACACUAAAUUGUAUUGUAUAAGAGCUCAAUCUUUGUUCCUUGGUUUUAAAUAGCAAGAAUAAGCCAUGUGUUAUGUUUCAGUGGGCUUUUCUUUGACAUUUAAAACUGAAAAUGCAUUUACUGUCUACAGACACUUUAAGAAUCUAAUAGCUUAUUGUAAAAGUUCAUAAACCAUGAUUUCUAAAAAUAAUUUUACAAUAAAUCCAAAAAAAACCUAUUACUUGUUAAGAGCAGCACAUAGGACUUGCUUGUGGCUCUGGCAAGACCUGAUGGCUCUUCAAACUCUUACACUACAGAUCAGGAAAUUGGUACGGACACUACUUUUGCCACUGAUAAGGAAAUUCAAGUUGAAAUGUGCUUCAUCCACCCAGCUCUAGAGUAUUUGAUUAUUGUAGUUUCCACAGGGUAUUUUUAUUUGUGCAGUAAAAUAGACAAUUUUUUAGUUUAAAUACUGCAAUUUGCUUUGGGCAAGUUACUUAGAUCCAGCUGUGGAUUCAAGCUGUGCCAUAUAGGUGGUAAGAUUUGCCUCUACAAUAAAACCUCAAACUAAGUUCCCUUUGGGGAAGAAAUCUCAAGAGUUGAAAUAAAAAGGAAAAAAGGGAACCUGGCAUGUUUCUUCUUCAUAGGGUUGUAAAGUGGAGCUUCCUUCGCAGAACAUGAGUGUAUUCAAUUACAGAAAUACUGAUUUCCUAUGUCUCAUGCUGAAGCUGUAAAAGGGCAGAAAUGAAGAUGUUCUUUUAAUGAGCAUGAAACCCUGAGCUGAAACCUUAGGAUUGGAGUCUUGUUGAUGCAUUACCAUUCAAUCCAGACAACUGGGAAGAGAUUUUAUUUUAGGCAGUGAGAAAGUCUCAGCCAUCACUGGCUAGAUCUUGUUCCACCUUCUAGGUAGGAAAACUGUGAUAACUGACCAUAAACACAUGCCAGUAGACAGUAUUCUAAAGCAUUCUAGCACUGGCUUAAUUCUCCCCUACUUCUCCAAGAAGGAGAUCCUAAAAGUUUUAACUUUAAAAGAACUUGUUCACAUCAGUGAUUUGAGUGUUUCACUUACACAACUGUUUCUGGCAAAGAGAAGGAGUUGAAAUUUUACACUUGCUAUUUAGAAGGUGGGACAAUUAAAGUUUCUCAUUGUUUGGGGACAAUGCCUAAAUUAACAGUAUUCAUAAACUCCAACAAGUACUGUUUCAGCUUCUUUAUUCACAUAACCAAAGGCCAAAGCCCUUACUCAUGCCUGGGUGAAGUUCCUCAUUUCAGCUGGUAUGUGCAGAUUUCCUUGUAGUUCACUUUAGAAAGGCUUCCCUUGCAAACAGUAUCUAAUGACCCACCUAUUAAAAAAAGCCACCAUUCUAUUUUUAAUGUUUGUAUGUCACCAAUUUGUAUUUUUGUCUCAAUAAAUAUGUCAACAGUG